AAAAAAAGGUGUGACAUGACAAUCACAAUGUUUUGAGACAAACAACUGAACCUCAGCAGAGAGCAGUCGCCCUCCUUGAUUUAAAAUUUAAGAAGUCAUUUUAAAUAGGCAGAAAAUAAUAAAAAUGUGACCUAAGCUGCACCGAUAUGAUUUCUCAGCACAUAUUGCUAUUUUGUGGGAUAUGCAUUGGUUUUCUCUUUGUUCAACAACUCAUAAGUGUUAGAUUUGACCUUCUAGCCAGAGCACUUCCAUCUCCACAUACUCUUUCCUUUCAAGCCAAAAGUCAUGCAUGGACAAAGAAUGAUGAGCAGGCACAGUCCCUGUAUUCCCAUGUGCGUGUGUUGUGUUGGGUCAUGACGAGGCCUGAAAAUCUGCAGAAAAAGCUCCAGCACAUUCGUGCCACCUGGGCUAAACACUGUAACCAGGUGCUGUACAUGAGCUCGCAGAGCUCCGACUUCCCCACCGUGGGGCUCAAUGUCAGCGAGGGCCGAUCUCAGCUGUACUGGAAGACCAUCCGUGCCUUUCAGUACCUCCAUGCCCACCACCUCCAGCAUGCCGACUGGUUCCUCAAAGCAGACGACGACACAUUUGUGGUGGUUGAAAACCUGAGAUACCUACUUUCCCAUCAUGACACUGAGGAGCCUGUUUAUUUCGGCCACAAGUUCCGGCCGUUCGUACGUCAGGGUUACAUGAGCGGAGGUGCCGGAUACGUUCUGAGCCGAGAGGCUCUCAGGAGAUUUGUGCAAGGUUUCAGCACAGGACGCUGCAAGCAUUUCAGCUCCGUGGAGGACAUGGCCUUAGGAAGGUGCAUGGAGACCAUGGGAGUGAAGGCCGGGGAUUCAAGAGAUCCAAACAAACGAGAAACAUUUAAUCCUUUUAGACCGGAAAACCACCUUAUUCCCCCAGAGAAUGGAAAACAGACCUGGGGCUACAGUUACUACAAAACCAGACGGGGCCCUGACUGCUGUGCGGAUUUUGCGAUAUCGUUUCAUUAUGUGAAACCUGCAGACAUGUACAUGCUGGAGUAUUUUGCACAUCACCUCCGACCAUUUGGAUACAAGUACAGAUUCAACACUAUUCAACAAAACAGCACCAGUGAACUUAAACCACAUUACAAAUACAAUAGACAAGAAUAAAAAACACAAAGAUGUUUUCAUUAGAACAUUUGAUGGAAGAAGACAGAUUACUGAUUGUUUUUCUGCAUGAAUAUUUGUUCAUUGCCCAUGAAGAAAGAGUUUUUUGUUGGUUUGCUCAAAAUAAUGUCUGAAUGUCACUGCAUUAGAUGACAACAUAUCAAACUACUUUUAAUUUUUCUGAGCCAUGUCUUCUAUAUUUCUUUCAAAUGAAAGCUGCUGUUUGAUAUUUUGCUAUAUAAUGCAGUCUCAAUUCGACAUUUUAAGUGUACCAAAUACUUUUAGUGGCCAUUAUUUAUGCAAAUACAUCCAUUUAUUUAAUUGUUCAAGUUCUUCUGAGCAGUUUAGUUAUUUAAAAUGUUCAUAGUUAAAUAUUAAAAGUUAAAAUAUUUUUAAAUACUAAA